AUGGGGGAACACGAUGCACCUCCGGUUCCUGCGUUAAAACGCGCCUCCAAGGGAGAUGGCAACGGGGUUCCCAAUUUCAGUCGACGUGGUUCUGUCCAUCGCGACAGCAAUGGCAAUGGCCAAAAGAACCUGACCGAGAAUGAAAUGCCACCACCGGUACCGUCAAAUCCCAAUGGCCGCGAUCUGGUCUCCGUCGAACGUCAGGCAAACCAGCCAUCGGAUCUCGAGCGUGAUACCAUCCGAUCGCCAGACUCUGGACCACCUUUUACUGCGCGGCGAGCGGAAGAUUUAUUGCGCAAGCCGCCUUUGCCAUCUCGCCCUUCGGAAUGGUUGACGACUCUGUACACCGUAUCUCAUUUGAUUUUCUUUUCUAUCCUCGGCACACUCGCGCGACUGGGCGUGCAAUGGUUCUCGUUCUAUCCUGGUACCCCGAUAGUAACUCCGGUACUCUGGGCCAACGUCGGAGGAGGAAGGCCUUGGGUGCGGACGGAUUGGUGGGACGACUUCACUGUUGCAACGUGCUCCGGCUGUGCCCAAUGCUCUGUUGGUAGAAGGGUAGUAAGUAGCGUGUCAAGACAACCGCCAUGUUUACAAAUGAGAAAAAGUGUCCAAACCAGAAAUAUAGAAAAAAAAGAAACAUCAUCUCAAGUCACACACGCCCUCACACUACUGCGUGCGGCACCUUUCCAAAAGCAAAAUGCCAAAAAAAAGAAGUUAAGGGAGCUGCGGUGUUCAUAUACGUUUGAUGCAUUCACGAGUUUAGAGUUUGCGAUGACGUCAUGUGCUGUGAAUUUCGAACGAACAUUAGGUCGCUCAGCUCGGCUUCCCUUGUUCAUUUAUCACCUUGCCACCACCACAGCCUAG